CUCGCGAAUCCGAGUCAGUUCUCGGUGCACACUUAGCUCGUCGCGUGUACUUCGCGCAUCGAUACAUAGCAUACCUCGAGUAAAAGUACCUAUAACAACAACAACAACAACACUUAUGUACUUGAAUAGGUACUAUUCGCGGACGUAAGCCUGAAUUAUUGAUAACGACAGGUGGCCGCGGCAAAGCUCCAUUUUCGUACAACAAAAUCUCCUGCUCCCCCGUUUUUAUACGUUUUCAUUUUUACCAAGUGUCAGUGCGCGCAAAUGUGAACCCUUAUUCUCCAAUUGACAAUCAUAAACAAGUGCCAAAGUGUCAAAUUAGUGCGGGUUUGUGUAACUAGAGUACAACUGAAAUAAUAAUAAGUAAAAAAAGAAACAAGUUACUUUUGACGUAUCUUGGAAUAAGAACGAUGAUACGUCCUUCCCGUAGCUCGUAUACGGGAAUAGAGGCGUGAAUCGAGGAUAAAAAGCUCGACUUUGGCCGAUGAUAUGAGACGAUGAAUCCUGCACGGAAGGAUUGCACCGACUCGAAAACGGGCUGCUGCAGCAUUCGACAAGGUUGCAUUCGGUUCUUAACAACCGAUCUAUAUGGGGCAAUGCGUAUCUACUAAGGCGGGCGCUGUCAUCGCAGCAUCCGGCUACUCGUCAUUUGACCGCAUCAUGGAUAAAAAGUCCUCGAAACAUAAGAUUCUUAACAAGAAAAAAGAUUCUACCAAGGGGACCGAUAUGUCGCUUAAAAAGAAUACAAACAGCGGUUUACCCAUACCGAUCGGUCGUAAGGAGGCAUCACGCUCAAAAUCCGUAGGACCAGAUCGUUACAAACAGAAAAAAAUGGAGGACGAUUUUCAUUUUACUGGUCCAACUCGUCAUCCUGGUUCGGCGUCGGGACGAUCCACUCCGCGGCUAGCUCCACCGAAAAAAGAAGCCAGUGGUGUGCCUUUACGAACCAACAGAUUUGGUUUUCGCACUCCCAAUCAACGGUUCACCGACAAAGUAACCGACAUUUCUUACAAUAACUUUGUUAAAAACAUUCAACAGCCAAAGACUGGCUAUGGCGUUCGAAAGGAUCAGACCACUUGCAGGUCGUAUCCGCAGUCGAUGAGACCUCAGUCAUCGCCAAUAAAUCAACGCUUGGUGAACGAUAAUUAUAAGAAUAACAACGUUGAUUUCAACAAAAGGACUACUGAUACGGUAGUUGCCAAAUAUACACUUCAGUCGUCGAAUUUGCCUAGGCCUCAAGUAGCAAGGAUGGCAAAAUUUACAAAAACAGCAGUCAAUCAAAGCAGAAGGGCAGGCACGUCGUAUUGCAGUUCAAAAGAUGGGUCCAGCACGGAAGAUUCCGGUCUCGGUAGCCAAAAUGGGGUGCAUUCCAUUGAACGUUCGGCUCGCAGAAAAGUCCGAAAGCUUGGAGUCGUCGUUAAAGGAAAAAAGUUUGACGUUGUGGACACGGACGAAGACGAUACAAUAACAGAAAUAUCAGUCAUUCCAUUGCCCGAAGAUCUGUGCUUGCCUAUUCCAGUAGGCCGUUCGAGCCCUAAAGUUAAUCGGACCACUGGUACAGUACGAGAGAGAACUAACUUGUAUCAGAAAAAUUUGCAAAUGGCAAAAGAUAAUAAAUUGUCGAAGACUUCAUCGCUUACGGUAUCAAUGACUUCAUCAAUGGCAUCAUCGGAGGGCUGCGGCGAAGAGGUGAAAGUUAUGAAAGACGCUAAAAAAUCAGAAAAAUUCACUGGAUCUGCUUAUCAAGCGGUUAUGGCAGCAAUGACGGCUAUGACAGAAAGUCAGCAAAUACCGGAGUCGACAUCGUCUAGCUCCGAUGAGCAAGACCAAUUUGGCAAUGGCGGAGAGGCCUUAUUCGAUAUGGUAGUGCCAUCGAGCGAAGAAGAGCCCCAGAUUCAGAGAAUCGACGAUAUUCCGAUGAAAGCUGUUAACACAGUAUCACAAAGUACAUCGGAGCACUUCCAAACUAUAACGAACGUAGCAAAGACCGGCGCAUUGCCGAGCAGCACUUUGAGAUCGGUGCUGCUGAGUAUCGAGGAUCCGGCAUUUGCUGCGGUUGCGGCCACCACUACUGCAAUGAUCGAUGAUGAGACUUCGCCGCUAGAAAACUUUACUGGACUCGACAGCCCAAACAGCACCUUUACGCAGCUUGAGAUUGAUUUGGACAACGCAAAUGACAACUGCGAGGCCGAACAAUUGGAUGCGGAGAGCCCAGUAUCGUCGAAUUCCGGUUGCCUAUCCGUGUCCGUAUGCAUGUCCGAAGGGAAAGACUUUUUCGACGACGAGAUCGAAGACCAGCCUGGCCUCAUGUUUGCUGAUAACGAAGACAUGAAUUUCAACGACAGUCUUACGAUCAGCGAUAUUGUCGCUUGCAUAAAAAACAAAAAUGGCGAGGUCAAAGCAAACGAGAGCGUGGAGAGCAGUCCGCGUUUGACGCGAAAAACCGAAAUUGCCGACAGCCUGUCUUCCUGCGACUCGAUCGCAUCCGACGAUCUCAUGAUGGACUACGAGCCCAGUGAAGCUGACUCGUGCGAAAAUGUCAUGCAAAGCCUCGAAGAUGCCACUAGUAUGCUGCAACUGGAUUCCAUUAUAAAUAUUGCCAACAACAACAUCAACGAGAUGGCUAGAAAUAAUCAGAAUGAAAUUGACUUGGCAAAUUCUCGAUCACGACUUCAACAGCUCAACAGCCGUUCGGGCACCGAUUCGCCGAGGUCGCUCGACAGCACAAGAUCUCGACAAAUUUACAGUCCGCUGAGAACACCAACACAAAUCGGUACGAAACUGCCCAUACCAUUGGACAUCAGCAGUCCGAGGGAUGAAGAUUUGGUCACGAUCGAUCGCACGACUUUGAACAACUGCUAUCACGAUAUCGUUACGAUGAAGACGAUAAUAUUAAAAUUAAAACGGGUCAUUCAGGAGCCUGGAGAGAACGGGUUGACGAGGAAUUUCCCUCUCACCCCAUUCGAGGUGCAGAAUGGUCUCUCCGACUUGAUUGAGCCCAGCUUGGAGGACACAGUUGAUACCAUGGGUACAACGACGUGCUCCGAAAGCUCCACAGAUAGCCAUCAUCCUGUCAAAGUCAGUGUUUCGACGCAAACUCCAGUUAGCGAUUCCGCUCAUAGGAGGCUCAGCUCGGCCACCCCCGAUAGCGCACACGUGAAAUUGGACAACGACGAAGUGCUCCAGUUGAAAAAGCAAGUCCAAAUUUGCAAAGCAAAGCUGCAAGAGAAGGAUGCGGAGAUUUUCAAACUCAAAGCCGAUGUACAAGAGUAUCAGCUUCACCAUGGCAGGAUCCAGGGUAUCAGAUAUUCACCGGAUGAAAGCCUCUGCACGCCAUCGGAAAAAUUGCGGCCAGCAUCCUUGCUACCGCCACUGUCAAACAAUAGUAGUAGCACUGGAUCGCUCGCGAGGAUAACAUACUCGAACGGGUCGUCGACUCGAAGUUCAACGCCGAGAUCGUCACCGCCGAUGCCGCGGCAGCAGAAAUCGAUACCCACACGAAUCCAAGAACCGAUGAGGUCGUCGCUACCGAGUCUACAGAGGUUGCAGUACCCUAGGCCCGUGAAAACGCUACAAUCGCCUGAAAGCCCACAAAUGCGUAAAUCGCUGUUACCAACGCCACCGUUAGCAGCAAAAAGAACGACAGCCGCGGCAGGGAUACCGAAGGCUCGCGCCCACUCGGCUCCUCGACGCUAGAUCGCCAACAAUAGUAUCAAAGUACCUUUUGGGGAAAGAGAUUUUCUAUGAUCGUAGUAUCUACGUUGUAAAUUGUUGAUUUUUUAUUUUGUUAAACGCGCUGAUGACUGGAUAACAGUGGAACAAAGAAAUUUUGUUUAUUUCUGACUCCAACGAUUUCAUAUCUAAAUCGUAAAUUGUAAUUUAGUUUUUAUUUUCAUUAUUUGAACUGUCAUGUUAUUUAUUAAAAAACGGACUUUGUUAUUCAGGCAUCAGCGGACAGUUGAAGAAUGAUCAGAAUCUCCUAUAUUAGGUAUAUUUUCGCUAUGUUGUGUACAUAUAGUUUAUCGAGCGAAUCUUCGAUUAUGUACCUACAAUAAAUUCAAAUUUAUUUACUAAUGAAAAAAUUUGUAAAUGCGUGCCUGUUAGUGUCGUAUGGAAAUAUCACAUGCGACGAAACGAUCAAAUUCUUUUAUUUAUCAUUACGAAAUUAAUAUUUUUAUUAUAACUUUUAGAUAUAUGAUUCAGAUUCCUAUUUAUUCAUAGUCGCUCUGAUAGUGCAAUGUAUCUUUUCUAAUUUAUCGUUUGAGUUUCGGUAUACUAGAACGCAAUAGAGGUAAAUAAUUCAUCAGUAUUUGUGAAUGAUUGGAAGAGUGAUUUUUACAUUAUGAAUUCAGUAGAGUACUUACAUAGUUUAAUGAUUUGUGUCUUUACUAUUAUGGCUAUACUCAGUAGCUAUUGGAAAAGUACUUAAAAUAUGAUAAAUUCAAAAGUAAGUCUUUAAUGAGCAUAUUUUUGAAAUUAUAAUACGUUAUCGAGUGCUUUCCAAAAUGAUAAAGAGGAUUUAAAUUUUUUGAAUGAGUGAGACUUUUAUAUGAGAGUGAUGUAAAUGUUUAUGUGCAGCUGAGACUAGCUAAAUGCUAAAUGAUUUCAUUGAUUUUUACGAAAAAUAUUAGUAGCAACAUUCAAGUUUUAAGAAAACAUCACUCCACUAUUAAACUUGUAAGCAGCCAAAAAAUUAUUUUCAAGAAAGUAAUUAUGUAAAUAUGUUGAUUGUAAGAAUACUUAGUAUGGUAUUUUUAUGUAAAGUAAAUUACUGGUAGUCUUAAAUCCAGUUAACAUCAAAUGAGGGAACACAAGUUGUUUGAGUGACUAAAAAACUUUUUUUAAGUCAUUAAAAACUGAGAUUUUUGAAGGAAUAUGUAAAAAGCAUGGAUAAUGAAUAAGAUAUGAAUUGCUGUAAAUUUGAUUUUCAAUGCAUCCGAAAUUUAAUCAUGUAUAAAAAAUAAAACUCAUGAAUGUGCCAUUUGGCAAAGUCUCAAAUAUAAACUGCAAGAUGAGUAAAUAAAUCACAUUUGCAAAUGAAAAAUUA